GUCCGUUGCAAGGCGCGUACCGCGAGAUAGUACCAUUUACCAGAACCGCUUGCCAUAUACAGCGAAGUAAUACCAAUAACUUUCGGGGAGUUUUAUGUGGAAGACUUGAGUGGUGACCAAAAUGACAAUCAGGGUGCUUUGGAAGUUUGGGACAGUACCUCUACUAGUUCUCCUACUGCACCGAUUACAAGCCACUUCAUCAACAACCACCUCAAGCUCGAACAUCAACGACGACUCCCCUCCAGAAGGUUACUACGCCUUCGUUGAGUCUCCAUUGGCGGAACCUCCAAGAGUGAGACCUCCGCCCUACACCCAUGUGCCGAUGGACUGCCCCGAGGGAGAUGGACAUAGGGUUUUAUGUGGAGAUUUGAAUAGGGGGACCAUACCGAGGAACCCGAUGGGGCAAAAUGUGUUUGGAGCUCCAUAUCCAUUUGAGUUGAUCAAGAAUAUGACCUUGAGGUACCUCAGCCGAACGUUACCGAUCUUGAAAGCAGACGAAACGUUACCAAAGGUGGCCCAGCUACAGCAAGACGAACUUAUUUCACAGAACACAAUCGCAAAUUCGAAUGACAGAUAUGGCAGAGUAAAGAGAAGUGAUCAAGCUACAUCCUCAGAAUCUCAAUCAAACUCAACUCAAGUUUCUUCAGAAGAUCUCAAAAAUGUCACUGACAGGCAACCAAAGAAGUUCUGUGACAACGGAGGGGUACUUUGCUUGAUCUAUAAAGCAAUAAAUGGAGAGCCCGUGGUGCCUACCAGCAAAAAUUCUGCUCAGAUGCCUUUGGAGAGAAGGGAUGAGGCACCAUCUACACAACUGAGGUAUGAAGGCCCACCAACGCCUUGUCCAGCCAAGGUCGAGUAUGCCACGCCUGUGUUUGCCAAAAACUACCAAGGAGUAUGGAGAUACGUUGUACAAAUACCUUACGAAGGAUACUUCACUCAAACUGUUGAAGUUACUAGAUGUCUUCAAGCAAAGUGUCACUAUUUAGACGGAGGUUGUCUUUCUUCACCAAGAUGGUCAAGCUUGUUGGUCGCCGAAAUCUUCUAUCCAGACACAAUUCUUACUGGUAGUGAUACAACCAAUCCACAAAGAAGUCCAGUUGCUGCUUCUCAACCUCCGUCGGUACAAGAUUUUCAGAACUACCAACAGUACCUUCAGAAGCGAGCGGGUCUCCCUCCACACUCGAUGGACCAAACGACGACGAAAAAGCCUCCCCAAUGUGACGGCGUGGAUGCAUUGGGCUGCUUCCAAGUCAGGCUUUACUACGAUUGGUUCCUGAUUCCAGGAUCUUGCAAAUGCUGGAGGCCGGAUUACUUUAAUAAGUAUGUCAGGAGGAAGAAUGGAAACCCCGAUUUGUAAAAAUAAUGUUUUGGAUGUCUUAAGAAAUUUGGGUGUUUGAAAGGGGGUCACUUGUUUUUUAUGGCGGUUGCUUGGAGUUGCCAAAGGUUAACGAAACCUGUAAUCUAAAGUUCACGAAGUAUAGUUUAGGGACAAUCAUCCUUAUAUAUUUGCAAGAAAUAUUGAUGUUAAUGAAACACUUUGAAUGGCGUGCUGAUGAUCUAUACAAAAAAAAAUAAUGUAUACAAAAUCCUAAACUUUGGCAUGAAUCAUGUAUCACUUGGCUGAAUAGAAUGAUGUAGAAAAUAGCUGUUCCAGAAUUCACGUUUGAACGAAAAAUGGUGGUCGUGAUUUCAUGCUUAAGUUUAGUGGAGCGAUAUAUCAAAGCUUGCUUAAAUGUGUGACCUCCUUUUAAUAGUUUCUUUUAAACUACCCUGUGCUUUUAUAAAAAAAUUAGUCUGCCAUCUGACUGGAAUGCUAAUAUUUAGCAGGAUUCUCGAAAUAGAAGCACAUUCUUUCUAUGACCAAUGUACCCAAUAAAAUAAUAGUUUAAAGUCUUCGGAAAGGACUUGACUUUUUAUGCCAUAUUCCAAAUUUAGUAUUGAGAUAGAGCUUCUUAGUGGCAUUCUAGAAAGUGUGAUUUUCUUUUGACUCUCACCUGAUACUUUGGUCAUAAAAAGAAGUCUGUCACUCAUAUAACUACAGGUUAAGGUUUGCUGUAGUUUUUUGUACCUUCAGAUGAAUCAACGACUGUCUUACUCGUACUUUUUGAGAUUGUAUAGACUGCCUUAGAAAAUGUAACUUCGUUAUAUUAUAUUACAUUGCACCUAUGCAGGGUGAUCUAGAAGAUUGUAGCAGUAUUUCUGGAGUGAAAAGUAGGACAAAAAAUUAUAUGAAACUUUCUUAUAAAUAUGCGUUUGUAAAUGCUGUCUCAUCAAAGGCAAGGUGUUGAGGUCUUAACUGAAAACCAAAAAAAGAUAUUUUGGGAGUAGUACUUGAGUGUAUACCAGUAGCGUGGAAAUUGGGAGAUUUUGACCCCUACUGAAGAGAACAUAAUUAUUUUCCACGCCACUAAGAUAAUCUAUUUACUUUUACAUGAAGCACAUCUUUCGAGAAGCUUUCGUCAGACUACUCUUUCUGAGAAAGUAUACUUUAAAAAUGCGCUAUAGUCAGUGGAGUUGAAAAUUGUAUGCAAUCUAUUAGAAGAGUAUGUAUUUCUGUGUCAACAAAUUGUGGAAACAUUAUCCAUGUUUGUUGGAUAUUUUUUUAUUUUUGUAUGUACGUGUCUCCUUAGUAUCACGCCUUUCUGAAUCACCCUGUAUAAAUGAAUAUCUAAAAACAAUGAGUAAUUAGAAUUUUCAUUUGUAUUUAGUGAUAACAUAGGCCAACCUCUGCAUCGUACUGUAAGAAGUAUCACAUUUUAGUUUAAAACUUCGGAAACACGGACCCUGUUAAUUUUUCUAGGGAUAUUUUUUUAUAAUUGUGAUGAUAAGGUAGACUAUCAGUUAUUAUUUAGGGUAAUUUUAAUGUAUUUAUAUUUUUAUUAUUGAUCAAUAAAGAAC